AUGUACACACACUCUCAGCGCCGUUGGGUCCGCCAUAACCUCGCCUCGUCGUCUUCGUAUUCCUUGGAGGUUAAGCAUAGUCGCCGCGUUGUCUAUGAUGCGACCGACCUCAUUUACACCAUCAUCUCGCCUAGGUGCAUUCACCGCCGUUUCGCAUGCAGUUACCGUCUCACUAUGCCCGCCUCACAAGAUAGAGCGCCAAUACCGUUGGGCGUGGUCGCUUCCAGGCGCAAUGCUAACACCGAUGGCUAUCCUCCCAUAAGCCGUUGUUACCUCGUUGAAAAUGCCCACCUCUCUCGACUCAGCCCCCAUCAAUCCUCCACUACCACCCAUCUUCGCCCUGAGCACACCAACAAAGCCUCGCCACGCCGACGGAACCCUAACACACCACCUUGCCGCCAGCGUGCGUCGACGACACCCUACGUAUCAACCAUCUAUCGCCAGUCCGUCGGUCACUUCUACGGUAAUUUCGGUCCCCCUCGUCAUCGUUGCGUACUCACCCCCAUCCCAGGCCGACGGACCUCCUCAAACACUUUCUCAUAA